AUGAUUGCCUGGGCGUUGAUCCUUAUACUGGCCGGAAACAUCCUAGGAGGGGAAUCUUCAAUAGAACUCAGCCAAAUCCGAGACAUAACACAUGCUCCAGAGGCCGUUGAUCAACCGAGCAUAUCUCAACACCACUCCAAUCAAGUCGGGUCGACAAGUCUACCUGAUUUAACACCUUCCAAUGGAGCUGGAACCUUGACUCUUCUUGCCCGGGGGUUUGAGCAGCACGAGUUUGUCGAGAAGGUCCUGAAGAAUUACCGAGAAGCAAUGAAGCAACUCUUACUCAGUUCAAGCAAUAAUUCAACACAUGCGGCUUCAUCCUCGUCUUUAUAA